GGCCUCGCGUUGCGUUGCACUGCAGCACAGGCGGGCUGGGAGCCGGAAGGUGAGGCUCCCUCCGGGCAACGAGGGCGCCAACCUGGCGCGGUUUCCCGGGGGCGCCGGCGCGCCUGCAGCUGCCGCGCCUGAAGAGCCCGCACCGCGCACGGGCAGGCCUUCUCUCCUCCGCACUGCGUCCCACCCCCGCCCAAGGCAGCCUCAGAGGGAGGCGAGCCAUGGGCUCCCGGCAGAGCCGGCAGAACAGCCUGGAGGCGGCGGCCGCAACCCCCUGCCCCAAGAAAGGCUUCCGAGGCACAAAGGAGCCGCCGCGGCGCCGGAGCCCCGACUUCCAGCUCGGUUCGCUUCUGCUCGGCUCCGAGAAGUUGCCCGGGCUGCUGCGCAAGAGCAGCCCGGCUCCCUACGUGAGGCGGGUGGGCUGGAUCCGCGAGAUCCAGAAGACCCUGCGCGACCACCAGCGCGAGCGCGCCGUCCACCUCCUCCGGCUCCUGCGAAAGGACCUUGGCUUAGAAGGGACGUUCCUCAGCGAAGUUCUCUACAAGAAUGCAGCGUUCCUAAACCUUGUGGAUCCAAUCUCCCAUGAUCUCCUGAUGAGCCUCGCUAGAGACCUGCAGUGCCCCAAGAAGGGAUGUGACCCUUGGAAGUCCUCGGAUCGGAUCUGCCGGCAGCUGAUCUACCACUUGACGCCUCAUUCAAAAUGGCACCGCCAUGGACCGCCACGCCGGAAAUCCCAGGGAAGCCUGAAGAAUAAUUUGCAGAAGAAACUGAGCCAGGAUGCGAUCCACCUGUCCGGCAUCCCCCUUUCCAUGCGGGAUGUCCACCGCAUGGCCUAUUACCUGCAGAACAACGGUGAGCACCUGAACACGGUGGACCUGAGCUUCACCGACCUGACCGAUGACACAGUGUGCCUCCUGCUGCCUUUCCUGGGGUCGCUGCCCUGCCUCACCCACCUCUCCCUCAACGGGAACCGCCUGACCCGCGCCACGGUGAAGGAGCUCACGGACACCAUGAAGGACACAAGCCGGUUUCCGUUCUUAGCCUGGGUUGACCUCGGCAACAACGUGGACAUCUCCUCCCUGCCUCAGCCCCUGCUCGUUGGGCUGCGGAAGCGUCUCAGCCAGCAGACCACGCUGCCCACCAUCCACGAGUCCCUUGACUGCGAUGCUGAACUCUCUGGCGGGCCAGAGACCAACCAGGUUGAGAAGGAGCUGGAAGGGGCUCUGUCAGGGGCCGAAGGCCACACCCGCGACUGCCCCUAAUGGUCCUGUGAAAGGUGACUGGGCCUUGAGGCGAUCUCUGGGAGGCAGAAUACAGAGCAGGGUGAGCCCUGGCUGCAGAACCGCAAAGUAUGGGGAACCGCCCCCCACCGGUUCCCUUGGGCACUUCUCUUGACUUUGUCAGCAGCCAGGACCUACUUGCAAGUCCCACUCUAUUUCGCCCUUCCCUCUUGGCCAGUCCUCAUCUCUCGCACUCUGCAAAACAGGGACUAGUCACUUACCAUGACAACAGCGAACCUGGAACCAGGGAAAAGGAACCCAUUGGGAGAUGCCAGGUUAAGAUGUAGGACUCAGCAUCACUGGCACAGGCAGCUGGGGCGACGCCGGGCUGCCCUUUCUAACCCUCCAGCUGCUCUGCAAGCCCAGGUGGCAGAGCCACGGGGGAGCCAUGUGGGCAGGCCCAGCAGCUGCUGCUGGAGUGCCUCACAGACCGGUGCCAGUCCCUUGCACCUCGCUCUCGUCCCUUGUCUCUCCCACCCCACCCACUCUCCAGACAAAGGGAAAUGGAAUGCAAUGGUCUACCGCAUUGCAAGCCAAGAACAUGUGACCGGAUUGCAGCACCAGGAUAUUUCCAGACUAGGGGAAAUGUGUCAGGGUGGGGGUGGGGGUGGGGGUCACUUAUAGGCCUCUAGUUAGAGGGGAACAUAUUUGUAGAUUAACAGGAACUGUUUUAUAGCCUCCACUUUUGAACAAAAAAAUGUCUGCUAGAGCUUCUGUACUGCUUAGGCUGUUUGAUAUGGAGACACAAGCAUGCAUGUAUUUAAAACACCGCUGUGCUGCUUGCUUGUCAGAGAUUGUGUGAUCAUUGUGAAGUGACGUCAACAAGGCCACGCUUCUGAUACAAGUGAGGAAACUGUAACAGUGGUGCAAAACCUCCUCCAUGUAUUUUCAGCAUUGCCCAUUGCUGUAUAUGUUGAUAAUAAAUGGAUUUCUUGGACUGAA